GUUUACUCACUUUAAGGAGCACUUAACGACAGCACCAUGAAAUGAUGACGUGUAACGCUUCCAGAUCUGCUUGAUACCCCGACAGCAUGCAUUCUGACGUUCUCCUGAACGUCACAAGCGCUUCACGUUUGACAUCACAGAGUUGGUGCUUUGUUGCGUUAACGUAUAAAGGAACGUGAAGUUCAAAGUUUUUACUAAACAUUUACAACUUAUCGAAUACUCAUCAAGCGCAGUUUUAUCAACUUUACGGUAGGAUAGAAAAAAAGAGAAGAAAAUGCCGCUGUCACCUAGACUGAAGAAGGAGAUGCAGAGAGCACUACGCGGGAUCACUGUAGCGGUUUUGAAUCAACAGCCUCCAAAUGUUCGUGAGUUUGCAGUGGUAUAUUUCUCACGGCUACUGAAGUUCAAAGCAGAAAAUCCAUGCCUUAACGACGAUGAAGUCCUGCAGAAAUUCCAUAUGACAGAGGUGAAUGGCCUGCCAAUGUGCCCACCUGAGCUGAAAACAGCAGCAGUCCAGACGUCAGUGGAUGAAGAACCUUCCGAGUCCUUCAGCUCUGAGCCGCCAAGAAAAGUUUAGCAAAGGGUUACAUAAUCAAAUUAAGCAGCAAAGAAGAGUCUUCAUUACUUCACACAUAUCUGUGAUGGAAAUCUCCAUAUACUUACCCAAUAAUCUUCUAUGAGUGAACAUAAAGUUUCACUUUGGCUCUAUAAUAAAUUAAACAAAGUUAAUGAA